UGCGUUCCGCCAUUUUGCUUGGUCGUGCAGUGAACGUAAAAAUUAAGCCCAUGUAUUUUAACGUGGAUAACUGUUAUUUAGUUUAGAAUUAGUGUUUUUGUACACUAAUGGCUUGCUUAAAUACACUUAAGCUAGAAAUCAAGACUUUAGAACAAGUGUUUCCAAAAAAUCAUGAACGGUUUCAGAUAAUGUCUGCUAGUGUCGACGAACUGACCUGCAGAUUCGUUGGCAGAAAUGGAAAGAAAUAUGAAAUUCAUGCAAAUAUUACUGAGACAUACCCAAACACACCGCCAGUAUGGUUCGCCGACAGCGAAGACCCCAUUGUGACAAACGCAGUGCAGAUUCUCACUAACACACAAGGCAGGGACAAUCACGUCAUAAAUCAGGUUGGAAUAUUGUUGAGGGAGCUAUGCAAGUUACACGGUGUACCUGAGCCCCCGGACUUAGACUCCUUGUCGCUACCGCUACACCCUGCCCCACAACAAAGAGUCCCCAGCGUGACAUCCAACGGCGCGGAAUCCGGCACAGAGGAGGACGAAGAAAUGGCGGCAGAGGAAGACGAGUCCGAGGGAGAGGACGACCUGCCUCUGGAGAUGGUUGACGACGCCGGCCGCAGCAACAAGGAUGACAUGGAGACGGAACAUUUAGCGACAUUAGAACGACUCCGGCAAAACCAGCGGCAGGAUUAUCUGUCAGGCAGUGUAUCUGGCAGCCUGCAGGCGACUGAUAGACUCAUGAAGGAGCUCCGAGACAUAUACCGUUCUCAUUCCUUCAAGAAUAACAUGUACUCUAUUGAACUAGUAAAUGACUCGCUAUACGAGUGGAACAUCAGGCUGCGUUCAGUUGACCCCGAUAGUCCGCUGCACAACGACCUGCUUCUACUCAAGGAGAGAGAGGGCAAAGACUCCAUCCUGCUCAAUAUCAUGUUCAAGGAGACGUACCCGUUUGAACCGCCGUUCGUUCGCGUCGUCUACCCCAUUAUCUCAGGAGGCUACGUGCUAGUAGGCGGCGCGAUAUGUAUGGAACUGCUGACGAAGCAGGGCUGGUCGUCCGCGUACACCGUAGAAGCCGUCAUCAUGCAGAUAGCGGCAACCCUGGUGAAAGGCAAAGCGCGCAUCCAAUUCGGCGCGACCAAGGUUGUCUCGCAGUCCCAGUAUAGCCUUGCCCGCGCGCAGCAAAGCUUCAAAUGUCUCGUGCAGAUACAUGAGAAGAAUGGCUGGUUCACACCUCCGAAAGAGGACGGCUAAUGCCGGGCUCGGCGCCCUGGGCCGGGUUCCGCCGUCUAUGUGUAAGCCGACUGAAUGGACUAUGUGGAUGAUAUCUCGACUAUGUAUGUGUACUUUAAUGUUAAGUGCUAUUAAUGUUCUGAUAGUGCGGGCGGUCGCGACCUCGCGAGAGACUUCAUAAGACUUAUAGGAAAUGUUUAAAUGUGUAACGUUUUUUGUAAUCAUUAAUUUUCUCAUAAAAAAAAACAAAGUUAUCCACGAGUAGCCUUAGACGUUACUGGAGUGUAAAGUUGGAAAAUUCUUUGCAUUUCUUUUUAGUUAUGGAAAUAAAAGAAAACCUGUGAUUCUUA